UCCGCUAUGCUUGAAAUAUCAGACGUCAUGGGAGGAUGAGGAGUCCGUGUUUAAAUCGUACAUGUCCUUGGUAUCUUUGAAAUGCAACAUGGUCGUAAUUAACAUACCUUCGUGAACGAAUAAUAUGCAGGACGCCCAUCACGGCGCUCGAAGUUUCGUAUAUAAAAGGUCUCCGAUCAGAUAUAUGUCAUCUUAGGUCCUGCCAUCCGUGGACCUUGCAGACGAACAUGUUUUCCAUACUUCUGUUCACCAUACUGGCUGUCUCCUCUGCAUGGCUUUGGCUUCGCUUAAGAAAAGUUGGGACAAGGGAGCUCGAGCUUCCUCCUGGUCCCCCGACGCUCCCCCUCCUUGGGAAUAUUCUCGAGCUUCCUACCGCGAAGGCAUAUUUAAAAUUCGCCGAAUGGGCCAAGACAUAUGGCGAUAUCUUUUCGCUCAAGGUUGGUCCGGCGACUAUCGUGGUGCUGUCAAGUCCCAAGGCUGUCCGAGAAUGUCUUGAUUUACAUGGCACUACUACCUCCUCCCGACCCUUCUUUUAUGUCAAUGAACUCAUUUCAAACAAUUGCGAGAUUGCCUUCAUGGAAUACGGUUCAAGAUGGAGAAACUGGCGUCGCGCAGUUCACGACAUACUCUCUCCCGAUGCCUGCGCGAAGCACCAACCGAUCCAGCGUGCUGAAGCAAGCAAGCUCAUGUAUGACUUGCUGGAAAACCCUAAGCAAUUCUAUACUCAUAUCUACCGCUAUUCCGCAUCGGUCAUCUUCUCGGUCGUUUACGGCAUACAUUGUCCGGAAUUCUCGAACACCUUCAUUCAAGAAUUCUUCGAUGUCACGCGUCAAUUUGAUAGUGUACUCAAGCCUGGGUUCGCUCCACCGGUCGAAUUGUUCCCCGCGCUAAGGAACAUCCCUGAACGAUGGGCGCCAUGGAAGAGGACUUGCAAAGCCAUUCGAACGCAACAGCGAAAACUCUUCUUUGGACUUCUAGAUAUAUUUACCGAAGGUCUGAAUAACGGCAAGCGUAACGGUUGCUUCAUGGAACAUGUCGUGGACCAUCAGGAUGCUUAUGACUUCGACCGAGAAUUUCUUGGAUACUUUGGCGGUGGAAUGCUGGAGGCUGGUACGGACACCACCUCUGUAUUCUUACAAUCCUUCUUGGGUUGCAUGCUGGCAUGUCCUGAUGUACAAGCACGCGCGCAAGCCGAGAUCGACCACAUUGUUGGACCUGACAGAACGCCAGAACUAGACGAUAUUGAGAAUUUACCUUAUCUACAGGCGAUUAUCAAAGAGGUACAUCGCUAUUGUCCUGUGACACCGAUGGCCAUACCACACGCAUCCCUGGCUGACGAACGAGUUGGUCAUUAUUUGAUUCCUAAGGGCGCCACCAUUUUCAUGAAUCUGUGGGCCCUGGGUCGGCAUGAGGACUACUUCGACAAUCCGAACGAAUUUAAUCCAGAUCGGUACAUGCGUUCAGAGUUCGGCACAAAACCUGGUGUUGACAUUGAGGCUUUGCGACCCGAUUUCGCCUUCGGCGCUGGAAGACGCCUAUGCCCUGGAAGACAUUUCGCAAGCGCUUCUAUUCAUCUCAAUACCAUGAACCUUCUCUGGGCGUUCAGCUUCAUGCCUACCAAAGAUCCCAUCACAGGGAAACCCAAAGUCCUGGAUUUGAACGAUAGUGACGAUGGGUUGUUUCUGAAGCUCAAGCCCUUCGAGUGCGAGAUUGUACCGCGAAGUGCGAAAAGAGCUGAAAUGAUACGGGCUCAAUUUGCAGCUGCGAAGUCUACGUUCGACUUGUUCGACCGUCCGGCCUCAAUCACGACGGCCACUGACACAAGAGCAUGAACUCAGAUGUCUGAUUGCAAGUAUUGCAAUUCUUCAAUAUCUGUUUCUCCCUAUAUAUGAUUUAUCAAUCAUGUAUGAUCGCCUUUGCACCGACAGGGUUUAUAGUAUUACACAUGUAGCGUGACAAAGGCUGGUGUAUUUCUGCGAGAAUGUACAAAUGUUCAGCUCGAAUUUGGCUUAGUCCGUCUGACAUCCAAUGGCUGAUUGUGCGAGGCUCCAAACAAGGCUGGCUGAUUGAUCGAACCCAUACAUUGGGUUGGUUUGACCUAAGUCUCGUUAUUGAGUCUCUA